AUGGCUCCGACAAUCCCGUCAUCAGCCCUGAACGGCGUCGUCAUUGGAUUGCUGUCUUCCUUUGGCUCCGCCGUUCUUAUCGCCGUCAUCUUCCUCGUCAUCUACUUCUUCAGAUACACUGCAAGCGGCCGCAUCUUUCUCGAUCGCAUCGGUCGACCCGGCGAAUACGACGAUGAGCAGGCAUUCGCGAGAGAAGAGGCCGAGGCCCUCGAGUCCAUGGACGACAUGCAACGGACUGAGUACUUGCGGGCAAAAGCUUUCAUCAACGCGAACCCGCCCGAGUCCCUCCAGACCGAUAUAUCCUUAUCGCAAUACCUCGCCAUCCAAGAAAAGGGCGUUUCCGCCUGGGAGUUCGAGCCCGAGCUGGAAAUCGCCAACUGCUUCGUCGAAGCCCGCACCGAAAUCGAGUUCUUCGACUCCGAAUGCACCGUCAUGAGCAACCUCCCUGUACCAAAACAAAACGAAGUCUACUACUGGGAGGCCAAGAUCUACGACAAGCCCGAAAACACCUUGAUCAGUAUCGGCAUGGCCACCAAGCCGUAUCCGCUGUUCAGACUACCUGGCUUCCACAAACACUCCGCCGCAUACCUGUCAACAGGCCAGCGUCGAUGCAAUCAGCCCUUCAACGCCACCCCGUACGCUCCCCAAUACGUACAAGGCGACGUCAUUGGCGUUGGCUACCGACCCCGAACGGGCACCAUUUUCUUCACCCGCAACGGUAAGAAGCUGGAGGAUGUCGUUCACGGUGUAAAGUCACAAAACUUCUUCCCUGCCAUCGGGGCCAAUGGUCCUUGCAUCAUUCACGUCAACUUUGGCCAGGCCGGCUUCGUAUUCAUCGAGGCCAACGUCAAGAAGUGGGGUCUCGCCCCCAUGACCGGCAGCCUUGCGCCUCCUCCGCCGUACGGCUCCGAGCAGGGGGACAUUCUCCUGGAGGCUGGGCGCAAGGAUGGUUACACUGGCAACACGACACAGCAACGGGGACACACGCAGACGCAGUCUUACUCGCAGACUGGCCUGGGACCUACGCAUGGACGCACAAGAAGCGGAAACUUCAGAGUACUACCACCGAGGAGCCCCGGUCCCGUGAGAAGCCCGACUGACAUCUCCCUGACGCACUUUGUGCCCAGCGAUGAGGGUGGUGAGCCCAGCGGCCGCAACGCUGGGCACGAAGGGCAAAGCGUCGUAGGGCUUGGGCUUCAAGACGCCUUGAACCCUCCUCCCGAGUAUACGAGUCCCGACUCCUCGGAAGCCGGAAGCCGCCGCAACAGCACCGAUAGCGAGAACACGCCUCUCAUUCGGGUUCUUAACAGGAGUCGAGGCGCCACGGUGGCCGCGUCGGCGGGGCCCUCGCAUCCCCCGAUACCCAGCUACACCGAUGCGGUGCGAGCUGGCGCCGGACGGGAGGGCAACAGCCACAGCACUCCACGACCCAAUCGACACGGCAAUCGGUCGAGGUCGCAGAGCGCGCAAUGA